GGUUACCAGGGGCUUGAGAAAGAGGAGCUGAGGGACUUCACUUGAGUCAGAGCCAGCAUCAGACCCGGUGUAGCAGGUGCAGCUCCAGAGUCUGAAAGAGCAGGUCAGCUCAGAGUCGCAGCUGCUACAAGCUCAGAGGCUACCAGGCUGAGCAAUGUUGAUGCCAUCCCAUGCAUUGCUCUAGCUAGUGAAGGGGAUGGAGUGCCCUGGUCUCUGACUUCUGUGCCAUUAGAAUUCAGUUCCAGCUCAGCACCCAGGUGGACAUGGGAGUUGGGUGGCCUCUGCCCCAUUCUCUUUCCCCACAUCUGGCUGAGGCUUGGCUGCAAUCCUUGCUGAGGAGGAGGACAGCAGUGCAGUCAGGUUUCUGACCAGGACAGAAGUGAGAUACAGCAGCAGUGAUGUACCAGAGAGGCUUGCACCACAUCACACAUGCUUGCGGCACAUACAGAAGCACCAAAUCCUCCCAAGAGGAGAAUUUAACUGCUGAUCAAGGAUCCCUCCCAGUAGAGGGAGCCUUCAAUUAAAUGAAGAAUACAUCGUAAGACCCGUUUUAUCAAGAAAUUGCUGUCUAUCCACAGCAUGCCCAGAGACCCCACUGCCCCGGGCACAACCGCCAUGCAGGUUGAGAAAGUUGGGUGCUGGAAGAGUGGGCUAGACGGGCCCAGGUCCUGCAGGGAGAAGUUCCUACGAGCUUGGAAUGAAAAGCUGAAACUCCAGCCUUGCCCUAUCUCCCCACAAGUGCCAAACUGCCGAUCCCCCGGCAGCAUUCCAACCCAAGGACAGUGGCCUGGGGCUGAGCCUGUACCUUUCUCUCUCAGGGGGGCUCUGCUGCAUCCCAGCUGCCACCCUGGUGACAAUGCCCUUUACUUCCUGGCAGUGGUGACUGCACUGGACCACUCAGGCUCCACCCCUGUGUCUUUUGUGGCCCCUGGGGGCUGCUCCGGGCACACACCCAGAACUCCAGCUGGAAUACGACCCUGUGACAAAGAUCCAGGUCCUUUCUACAAGGAGCUGGCAAGACUCCCCUUGGCCUGGGAAGGGGACUCUGAGGAGGAACUUCUCCAGAUCUGUGCUUCAGACUUGCUGCUGGGCUCCUCUCUGAGGAAGAGGCCGCGGCUGUUACCCCCCAACAGGAAGAUGCACGUAGAGGUAUGGAAAAGAAAACAAGCAUCCCAUCCUCUGGAGGAGGGUGCAAGAAGCCCGGUCCCUCUGGAGUACAGUCACCUGGUAGAUGCCAUGGCAAUGACGGAGCCCGCCGACAUUUCUGAGGUGGAAUCUUUCUACCGGCAAUUCACCCCCUGGCCAAGGAGACGAGGCUCUUGCAGGAGCACUAAGGCUGGCCACGCUCAGACAGAGAGUGCGUCGCCUGUCAGGGAAGCAGAUGAGACUGCCCACCAGCAGCAUAGCCUCUGGGGAUCAGCAGGCAGUGGCUUUGAGCAGCACCCCAAGAGCAAUUGCAAGAGGGCCAUGGCCUCCAUUUCCACCCUCAUCCUGGCUGCCAAGCGGCCCAGAGACACUGCUUGGAAUGAGCACCUCCCAUUCAAGAAACGGUACAUCCAGUACUGACUCCAGCCGACAAACGGGGCUCUUGUUCACUAGGAGCGGCUGGCGUGCUCCUACGACUUCAGUGUAAUGAGGAGUUCUCUCCCAGCCAGAGCCAAGUGCCCCUUAGAGCAGCAUUCCCUGCAGCAGCACCCAACUCAGGGGCUCCUGCUAAGCUGCCCUUUACCUCCAUUUUAAAUAGACAAUUGUGUUUUUUAAAAUAAAUCCCUUUUUUAGAUGUCA